AUGGCAGACCCUACAACCGCUUUUAAGUAUAUCCCGUUGUCGGGUCCUAAGAAGAUCCGCCUUCUCAGCCUUCAUCCCGCUUGGCGGUCAAGCCAGCCUAUUAAAUGCUCAUUCAGAGAGAUCACCCUCCAAGACAAUGUCGCCUCUGUCGACUACGAAGCUCUCUCGUAUACAUGGGGCGCUCCACGGGGGACGGAGCCGAUCCAGUGCGAGGGACGUACAAUCCUUGUCACUCCCAACUGCGAACAAGCUCUCCUCCACCUCCGCCAGAGAUUCAAGCCGCGAACCCCUUGGAUCGAUGCUAUCUGCAUCAACCAGCAGUCAACUGAAGAAAAGAACCAACAAGUCUCGACGAUGGGAGAUAUUUACUCCUCUGCCACCCGCACGAUCCUCUGGCUUGGGCCCAAGACGAACGCCGACCUAGAUGCAGUGAUGCGGCAUGCUGCGCGAUAUGGAAACAUGUAUCAGAGCGUCAAGAAGGCAUUUAGAAAGAUUCGGCCGGACAAUAAUCUGUAUUACACUGAAAGUAUCUUUGAAGCACCAAUCCUUUCCGCUGCCGAGACCGAACGUAUAACCAGGAUUGUCCCAAACCCAUGGUUUCUCAGGAUAUGGACCAUCCAAGAGUUCCUUCUGUCCAACUCCGCCGUGUUCAUGAUGGGGCAUCUACAGUGCCCUUCGUUAUCACUCUUUACAUACUUCUGCUUCGGUAAAAGACUCACCGGACGAGCAGACAUGGCCCAUUUUAGAAUGCGGAACACACUGAUAAAUAUGAUACCGCCAUCAACAAAUGAUCACUAUUUUGUCAGCUUCAUGGUCCUUAUCGUUCAGCUCUCAGCGCUCAACAAUGCAACCGAUCCGCGAGACAAGGUCUACGGUGUGCUGGCUUUUCUCAAGAGCAGAUGGCCUGAGCUGGAUCUUCCCGUUGUUGACUAUUCGCUAUCUGUCGAAACUGUAUAUGAGCAGUUCACUAGGUUCCUCAUCAACGCCACCAAGAGACUCUGGCCCCUGAAGAUCACUGUUGGGUCCUCCAGUCCAGGGUCUCAUUCCUCGGCCUCUUGGGUUCUGGACCUCAGCAACCCCGAUAGUAUAUUUCCCGGGGAAAGAGAGGAAUUUUUCGCUUUCAACGGAAGGGACUAUGUCAGGAAGACCCCCUUGACCACAAAAGAUACAGGCCAGCUCCGCGUGCGAACCAAGAGGAUUGGAACCAUCACGCAAAUGAGCACCAGAAUGCCAUGGGACCCUAUCUCGGGCAGCAUAGCCCCCAAGGAGCUCGACCAAGAACGUUCACAAUGUCUGGGCGAUUGGACUGCUUUCGUCACAGACAUUGAUAUGAAUCACGACCAAAGGAAAUCGCCGUACCUGUUUCACCAUUUGGUUCGUCCUCAGCGUUCCGGCGGCUUUCCGCAGUCAGAGGAAACAGACCCUGUGCCGGACCCGAAUUAUCGGGCCUUGCGAGUCAUCACCAAUGGACUACAUUACCUCAGAGUGAGACAGCAAGCAGAAGAUGAAGUCAGUAUUGCAAGCUCAACCACUCCAUGGGAUUCUCAGGGCGAGAUUGAAAAGAAGAAGAGGAAGGAGAGGAAAAAGAAAAAGAAGGAAGCGGAAAAGACUCCCUCUACAUUUGACGACGAUGCACGCAGGCUUGACAGAUGUGUCUUGUUUCUCACAAGCAGGGGAAACCUGGCGACUAGUCCUGGGGACGUGCACGUUGGGGACAGGAUCUGCGCCAUCGAGGGAUCGAAUUCCGAGUUUAUCGUAAGGCGAAAAGGCAGGGGGUAUCAGCUGGUGGGCAGAGCGACUGUAUAUCGGUACGGGUCUCAGAAGGCGAGGCAGCAGGGGAAGUGGAAUCCCACGGAUUGGACCGAGGAUGAGCCAGGAGUUUUCGAGAUGUUGCUGGUUUAA